AUGCCGGCCAAGAUGGACGCCUUCACGGGCGACCUUUCGCUGCGCUACUUUGUCGACAGCGGCGGCGGCGGGCAGGACGACGACUCGCCAUCAGCCGGAGCAGCAGCCCGGCGCACUCCACAGAGCAGCAGCCGACGCCAGCUCAGCUGUCGAAAGAAGGCAACCGUCCCGGCCUCGCCCGGCUUCAACGUUCCGGCUCUGUCGGCCGACGAUAGCGCACUGAUGGACACCAGCCUCGGCGACGUCUCCAAUACCCUCACCAAAUCACCCGCCAAGGCCACCAACGCCUCCUCGAACUCGUCGCCCAGGAAGAGCGCGAGGCAGCCGCCAAGGACAGGCGCAUCGCCGCUCAAGAACUUCUACUUCACCACCGACCUGCGCCGGAUAUCAGAGGUGCCCACCGCCACGCCGGGAGAUGACACCUUCCUCGUCGACCUCGAUACCAGCGAACUCGAGCGCCUUGCCGCCUGGGAGACAGCUCAGCUGGAUCAGAAUGCGCUAAAGUCAAGCACGGCGAGCAGCAGCGGCGACGGCUCGAAGUCGAGCUCCUUACGCCCCUCCCGAUCUAAGCUGUCGGAGCUGUCCAGCCUGCAAGAAGACUCGGCGGAGCACGAGAAUAUCGCCCCCUUUGUCCAGCUUGGCCGAGGUCGAAGCCGCAGCAGGAGCCCCAGAAAGGCCAGGCCGUCUGCUGCCCUGCCGUCGAGGGAGGAUGUCGAGCCGAUUCCUGAAGUCAUCCAGCCCGUCCCGGAGCCUGCAUCGACGCAGCCGAUCCUGACGUCUUCGGCCCAGGCCGCGAAAAGACCUGCCGCAGAAGAUGUUGCCGGUCCGCCAACGAAGGCGUCAAAGAAAGCGUCGCUGAUCUCCAAACCACCUUCGCAGGGCACGGCUAGCGUCACUCAGUCGUCCGUCAAGACAUCUCGCAGCUCAGUGCCCCGGAAACCGUCUUCGUCUCGCGAAGCAUCGAGACUCGCCUCUUCGUCAUCGUCAGACGCUCUUUCGAGCUCGAUCUUCUCUUCGGACAAGGACGUGGGUGGCAGUGGGCCCAUGCCGACUUCGGCGGCGCUGGAGCCGACGCUUGCACCCUCUGCUGGCGACGAAAAGCAGCGUGCUUCGGUCUCGCCAAAGAGAAGGAUUGCAAAGGCGCAGUCGCGGCAGCCUUCUACUUCGCCCACCAAGCUACCCACCAGGCGCGGCUCGAGGGUCUCGCUGGUCGCCGCCGCAGAGCCGCGCGAGGAGCGGCGCAGACGGCUGGGCCUCAGCACGAAGAGCAAGGAAGAGCUAGCGUCAAGCGCAGUGCCGAUCGAGAUGCCAGCCGAGGCUGCCGUUGAAGCGGCAGCUACAUCGCCGGACCCAAGAUCGCUGCUGCCGUCGACGCCACCCCUGACGCAGUCGGAGGACGGCCAGGUUGAGAUUCCCGUAACGCCCAGUGAGCAGCAGCCCGAGGUUCAGACUCUGGCCGAACAACAGCGACGCUCUCCACCUGCCGAGGCUGUGCCUCCAUCCCAGGAAGCUCCUGCAGCCAGUCGGACAACGAGGCGGCGAUCUGCGCGACUCAGCCUCAAGGGAGAGAGCUCACCGCGAGAUCCGACGGGGGCGCCAGCGACGGAGCCGAAGCCGUUCAAGCCCAAGGCGACGACCAGGAAGCCGUUGCGGCCAUCUCUGACCAUCCCGACGACGGCCGUGGCAAAGAAAGAGGCUGCCGUGCAGAGGAGCGCCGUCGCCCAGGCUCGCAAGGCGGCGUCCGCGGCACCCUCCGUCACAGCCAGGAUUCCGGCAGUGACAGGCCGGAAGGUGCAAGCCACGCCGCCAGUUGCCCCGAGUCAGAGCGCAACCAGCGACAAGGACUCGACUGGCGCGAGCGCAUCCAGCGCUGCCCCUGGGGGCCGCGUCCUGCGGAACCGCAAGUCGCUGGUGGCCCCACCGGCAGUCCCGACGACGGUCAUCGGCGGCAAGUUCCGGCAGAUGGCCAACGGCGAGCUGGUGCCCAUCACGUCGCUGGAAGCGGCCGGUUUCCAGCUCUCGACGGACGCACGAGGAGCGCAGCACGCCACGAUCGCCCGGCAGCGCCUCGAAAAGCAGGAAGAGGAGCGGAAGCGAAAGGCGGCGUACAAGGCGAACCCGAUCCCCGAAUGGAUGCGGAAGCGCAAGCAGGAGCUGGAGAGGGAGGAAGAAGAGCGGCUGCAAGCCGAGCUGGAAGAGGCGCGGCAGCAGGAGCUGACCAGGCAAAAGAAGAAGAGGGUGGCGGCGUCGUCGCUGGCGGCGGACCGCGGUGCGAGGUCUCCAAAGAAGCAAAAGACGGUGGCAGUGCCGUUCGUGUCCAGCGUCGAUGCGAGGCUGGCCGAGAGACAGAGGUGGGAAGACAAGAGGCGGCGCAAGGAAGCGCUCAUCGAGGCCGAGCGCGAAAAGGCGAGGAGGGAGAGGGAAGCCAAGGAGGAAGAGGAGUACAGGGAGGCACGCAAGAGGACCGUCGUCAAGGCCAACCCGCUGCCCGGCUACCUCAACUACGCCGUCAGCAACGCGGCGGCAAGCUCCGAGACGCAGACGCAGCAGACGAGGUCUUCGGCCAGGACCCGACGCAGCGACUGA